UGAAAGAAGGGGGUGGAGAUGACAGAACCUGCAAGAACUUUGACAAAAUCAGAAGGAAUUUCCUGGCAAAAGCAAUAGUUUCUCAACUGACCAUCAUCCCCUCCUCUUCCUAGAGGAAGUUCUUAGUAACUUUCGAUAUCCUUUGACUAAAUUGCUUUCAGACCUGGCGUGAAGUAGAACAAGGGGAGCAAAUCUGAGCGGUCAUGGCUGAUAAAGAUACCAAGAAAAAUCCAUUAAAGGCUUUUGAAUUACUGGGAAAGGACAUAAUCAACAGUUUUUUGGAUGAUUUGCUGGAAAAGAAUAUACUGAAGUUGGAGGAAGAUGAAGAAGAGAAGUACCGUGAAGCUCAAGCUGAAGCCAAAGCUGAAAAGAAAGCGAAGGUCCUGAUAAAUUCUUUGACUCGGACAGCCCGCUCCGCAGGGCAAGUGUUGGCCAAAAGCCUGCUUAACAAAGAUGAACAGGAUGACAGUGAUGAGGAGUCACUACCUGCUGCUUCUGCAGCAAGCCGGGCCAUGUCAGCUAAGCCCAUGGGUACACUAAAGCUUUGCUCUCCAGAAGAUUUCCAAAGGCAGAGGAAAGAGAGGGAAGCAGAGAUAUAUCCGGUGAAGGAGAAGGAAGGCCGUACAAGAUUGGCUCUCAUCAUCUGUAACAUAGAAUUUGAACAUCUCUCUGAGAGGACCGGGGCUGAACUUGACAUUGAAAGGAUGAAAAUCCUUCUUGAAGAGCUAGGAUACAGUGUGACUACUAUAAAGAACCUCACAUCUUUGGAAAUGAAGUCAGCUCUGAGAGAGUUUGCUGCCCGUCCUGAGCACAAAUCAUCUGAUAGCACUUUUGUUGUGUUCAUGUCUCACGGUAUUCUGGAUAGAAUUUGUGGGAAAAAUCAUCAGACAGAAAAGCCAGAUGUGCUUGCUUAUGAUACCAUAUUCCAAAUUCUAAACACUAAGAAUUGCAUCAAUUUGAAAGACAAACCCAAGGUCAUCAUAAUCCAAGCUUGUCGCGGGCUAAACCCUGGCGCUGUGUGGGUGAGUGAUGCCCCAGAAAUUGCUGAAGACAGUCAAAGUCAACUGCAAGUUUUUGAGGAUGACUCUGUCCGGAAGGCUCAUUUAGAAAAAGACUUCAUUACUUUCUGCUCCUCAACUCCACAUAAUAUUUCUUGGAGAGACACUGAAAAUGGCUCCAUCUUCAUUACAGAGCUCAUCCAUUCUUUCCAAAAGUAUUCUUGGUGUUACCACAUAGAAGAAAUUUUCCGAAAGGUUCAGAAUGCAUUUGAAACUCCCAUUAAAGCCCAAAUGCCCACCAUUGAAAGACUGUCUAUGACCAGAUAUUUCUACCUCUUUCCAGGCAAUUAA